AUGUAUCAGGUUAUAAGAGGACUUAUACUAACGGAUUCCCGAUGCUGGGAUCCCGACAGUCAAAGGUCAUACCAGGACCUGUUCGAUAAACUGGACACCAACAAGGAUGGGAAGGUGGAUGUUGCCGAAUUGAGAGCAGGCCUAACCGCAAUGGGUAUAUCAUUCCGCAAAGGUGCAGCGCAGGUAAAUGUACAUGCAAUGCAGAGCCAUGCUGUUCUAUUUCCAAGCAACCUAUUACAUUCUUAUUAUACAUAACUCAAUGAUUCAAUUGGGAGUGGGACAUUAGUUUGGGUGCCAGUUCGCUUUCUGCUCUCUUACCAACUCCUUAUGGAAUUGUCAUGCAAAACAUUGGCUUUACAAUGACAAUGGAGUAGGCAAAAGCACAAACAUAUCUGGGACCAGGCUAGUGGGACAUAUGGGUAGCAAUUAAAUGAGCAUAUGCCUAAAAAUAUGCCAUUCUCAUUCGCUUAGCCUGUUCAUCCAUUCACCCAUACGUAGGGCAUUGUCCUAUAGUAUAUGCAUGUUUCCUGUAAAUAGAACAUAAAACCUGCAUGUACUUUAUAUAAACUAAGUACUGUUCUUUCUCAACUUUAGCCUUCUAACCAGUUCCUCCCCUGUCACGGGUAAUAUCCAGGAGAGAUAAAGCACUAGUGUUACAGUGCCUGGGGUUAUCAGAGCAGGCAUGGGCCCGUAUCCACAAAAUCUCUCAGAGUAUGAGUGCUGAUCUACACUUAGAAAUAAAGGUGCUCUCUAGAACCUAAAAGGAGAACCCUUUAAAGAACCCUUGUUUAUUCCAGGGAGAACCCUUUUGGUUCCAAGUAGAACCGUUUUGGGUUCCAUGUAGAACCUUUUCCACAUAGGGUUCUACAUGGAACUCAAAAUGGUUCUACCUAGAACCAAAAAGGGUUUUACCUGGAACCGAAAAGGUUUCUCCUAUAGGGACAGCCGAAGAACCCUUUUGAAACCCUUUUUUCUAAGAGUGUAGAAUUAGUUUAGCCUUUUAGAUCAUAAUGAAUACGACUAAAUGGACAGAUGGGGACCUGAUCGUAGAUCAGCACUCCUACUCUGAGAUGGUUUGUGGAUACAGGCCUGGGGCUGGUUUAACUUGUGGGACACAGGUAGGUUUCAUCAUCAAUAUGACAUCUACACAAUAGUUACUCACUUUCAUCACUAGCCUUUUCUCUCUUCGAACAAUGUUGCACUAGUUCUCAGAGAAAUAGUAAAAACUGAGAACUAGUGCAACAUUGUUCGAAGGAGAGAAAAGGCUACUUCAUCCGCAGUAUCAGGGAAUGAAAACAGAUCUAUUGGUUUGUGUUACCAGCUACAGUGGAACAUACCCACCCCAUUGACUUAGCCAUCUCCAGACAGUAUGAAAUAUUCAUUACCAUUCAGUCAUGUGCACAACAUGCUAUUGUAGCUCCACAGUUACAUUUACAUUUACAUUUUAGUCAUUUAGCAGACACUCUUAUCCAGAGCGACUUACAGUUAGUGAGUGCAUACAUUUUUCAUACUGUUACAUGAACUCUAUAACAAUACACAGUAUAGGAACGUUAUACUGUUCCUGUCUUCGUGAGGGUUUCCUGAGUCUUGUGUGAUGAGUAACCUUGCAAAGUAGCUUGCUUCAUAAGCAAUGAAUGGUUAAACUUACUACAGUGAGGCAAAUACAAUAACCCUCUCAUUUGUGUCUGCACAGAAAAUUGUAUCGUCCGGUGACAAAAACAAAGAUGGAGGGCUUGACUUCAACGAGUUCAACAAAUAUCUGAAAGAGCAUGAGAAGAAACUGCACCUUACGUUCAAGAGCUUGGACAAAAACAACGACGGUAUUAUCAUUUUUAAAAUGUAAAGUUUAUUUGAAUAGUUUAGGGAAGAACAGCACAUGAUGAGACCUGUCAGAAUGACACAAUUCUCAUAACAAUGUAAUAAUAUCACUGUUCUAUAACAACAAGGCAUCAGCAUUUAACUACAGAAUGUACUUAAACUAAACAUCGAAAUGGCUCCAUCAUUUCCUCCAGGGCACAUCGAUGCCUCUGAAAUUAAGCAGUCCCUUGAAGAGCUGGGCAUGGACAUCACCCAGGAAGAAGCACAGACCAUCCUACAAAGGUUUGUCCUCAUAAAUCACACAUUGCUUGCAUUUUGUACUCUAAGCUAGGUCUGCACAAUUAAUUGAAUUUACAUCGAAAUUGACAUGUGCAAUAUCCAUAUCGCAAGAGAUCCAUAUCGCAAGAGAUCCAUAUCGCAAUAUUUUGAAACGCAUCUCAGCCGCGGGUAACGCCCGCUUUUACUCCAUGUUUUUCUCCUCUUGUGGCUGCUUCCCACACACAACAAACCCCUGCCCCAUGUCACUCAAGCAGUGCAGUUCCUCCUCCUCGCUGUUCGAUUCACUAUACAUUUCCAUGCGGCUCUGUUGGGUCGCAUGCAGUCAACCGAAUGGUCCAAACCAGCUUUCCACUUUGCUUCUUAAUAGAAGUCAUUCUAUUGCUAUUAUUCCAACAGAUCACCCAAGCGUUUUGAUUUUUAUCGCACAUCAAAUCGCAAUCGAAAUAUUUGAAAAAAAGAUUUGCCCAUAUCGUGCAGCCCUACUCUAAGCAUUUAGAUUCAACUAAUCAGAAAACCAUUGAUUUUUUGAGUCAGAGUGUUAGUGCUGGGCUGCAACAAAGGUAGUAAAGUUGGCUAAAGCAGAAGCAGCAUGGCAACCAGGCUAGGACUGUUACUAUCCUACUCUUUGACCUCAUAUCUUGUCUGCAGCAUGGACAUCGAUGGUACCAUGAUGGUGGACUGGAACGAGUGGAGGGAUCACUUCCUGUUCAACCCUGCCCAUAACCUGAACGAGAUCGUACGCUACUGGAAACACUCCACGGUGAGUGGGUCACCCAGUCCUAGUGCACACAAACAAAGCACUGUGACGAAUACUGAGUAUACGAAGAGGCAGGACGCAGACGCAGGACUUAACAAGGUCAAGGUUAACUUAACAAUGAGAAAGAGAAAUAACAAAGAGAGAGUAAACGACACGAAGCUGAACAAUCACACACAACAUCAUCCAGAACAGUCCAGGGCUAAAUAGGGGUGGUGAUGAGAUGAUGAGGUGCAGAUGCGUUGGGUUUCCAUUCCGGUGUUGCUGAGGUUGUGCGCUCAGACCAGUGGUUCAGUAGACCGGGGCGAAUCAGAGCGCCGGAGGGGAGCAGACGUGACAAUCACAGACAUCCAUCCCUUGAAGGAAUGAGUGAACUUGAUGGGUAUAAGCAACAAUAUGGGAUAAAAACUCCUAUUCAAUAUUUGAAAUCUAUUAAGGGCCAUCAAUAAUUCAGAUUGUGAUAAUGUUUGUGUCUGUCUUUGGACCGUAUUAAUUUUUUAAUUUUUUUUCUCAUUUAGCAGACGCUCUUAUCCAGAGCGACUUACAUGAGCAAUUAGGGUUAAGUGCCUUGCUCAAGGGCACAUCGACAGAUUUUUCACUUAGUCGGCUCGGGGAUUAGAACCAGCGACCUUUCGGUUACUGGCACAACGCUCUUAACCACUAAGCUACCUGCCGCCCCGAGGUGAUGUGAAUGCAUUGACCAAUAGUCUCACCACAGUGCUCAAAUAAUCAGAUACAGAUUACCUAAAGCAGCGUGCAGAUCAAGCAGUACAGUGAAUGUAGGCGUUCUAGAAUAAUCUCUGUUUGCAAUACCCAUUUAACUGUCAAACUGUGUGGAGUACAAUGCUGUUUCCACUUUGACUUUGACUUUCAUUUGAAACAUUUACAGUUUUGCUUAUCUCAAAUGGGGUUAUCUUGCAAAGUUUAUUUCUAGCAAAUAGUGAGCCGCUUCCAUAACGUACUGCUGAGACUACCUGCUAAAAUGGUGUUACUCUUACUGCUUGUGGUGGGAUACAGAUGUAGUAUCUUCAUUUGAUCACUCUGUUACUGAGAAUGUUCCUGUGCCGCAGGAAAUUCAAAUGAGCCUAGUGAUUUACAUAAAUUCACAGAACACCUGCAGUUCUCUUUCUACAUUUACAUUUAAGUAAUUUAGCAGACACUCUUAUCCAGAGCUACUUACAGUUAGUGAGUGCAUACAUCUUUCAUACUGGCCCCCCGUGGAAAUCGAACCCACAACCCUGGCGUUGCAAGCGCCAUGCUCUACCAACUGAGCUACAGUUCUCUCUCUCGCUCGCUCAAACGCUAAAGCACCAGACAUAAUAAAUGUCCUACUACUGUAGGUCCUCCUACUGCGACAUUAAAAGGUACAAAAAUGUAUCUGAAAUGCAGUCGUACACAUCAACAACCGCUGUUUUUAUAUAGCUUAAUAACAUAAGAUAGAUAUUGGUCUCCACUACGACAUUCAAGUGUAUCCAAAAUGGACCUAAACUGCAGCCUACUGUAGCCUAUCAAAACACAUUUCCUGUUAGAAAUUAUCACUUUUUUUAGAGAAUAUUCUAAUCGUCCUGCUGCAGGAUUAUGUUACUCCUUUGGCGAAACUGGUCAAAUGAAGAUACUACAUCUGUAGCAGGCGUUGGUAUACAGUUUCAGCAGUGUAUGAGAAUAGGCCUGCUGGUUGGGGAGGUAGGAGUCUGGUUAGGCCUUAUCACUGUGAUGAACACAUCUAUUACUUACUAUAGCAUGAAGGUUAUCUUAUGGGCCUAACUGAUGAAGAAUGGGAAGUUGGAACAACAUUUUACAUGUUUACAUUUUUAGUCAUUUAUCAGAUGCGACUUACAGUUAGUGAGUGCAUACAUUUUUCAUACUUACAUGAAAUACAUACUGAAAAGUUUACUAUAAGAAUGAUUACAAUAAUAAAUGUAUUGAUCAUUCAGAAUUCCUGUCCCAGCAGUUUGGCACCUGUUCAAGCUAAUAUUUUUUAUUCACCAGGUGCUGGACAUAGGAGAGAGCAUUGCCAUCCCUGAUGAGUUCACUGAGGAGGAGAAGACCUCGGGGGGCUGGUGGAAACAGCUGGCUGCCGGGGCGAUGGCCGGGGCGGUCUCCCGCACAGGCACCGCCCCCCUGGACAGGGUGAAGGUCUUCAUGCAGGUAGAGUACUGGAAAGGUUGUCACAAUCUGACCACUCUAAGGAGGCCAAAAGUAGACCGCUUUAUAUUAUUUUUGUAUUUAAUAUUUGUAUUUAACCUUUAUUUAACUAGGCAAGUCAGUUGAGUACAAAUACUAACUUCUAACUAUAACCCUUAUCACAAAUCUUACACCUUUUGUUUUGAGUUUUUCGCUUACAAAGUAAAGUGUUUUUGAGACCUACAACCCCUUACAAAGUAAAGUGUUUGAGACAUAGUGAAAAGCACUAUAUGAAUGCUACCUAUCCAUCAGUAUCGUGUAAUGUACAACACCUGUGGUUAUGUUUCAGGUCCACUCCUCCAAGUCCAACCGGAUCACCCUGUUGGGAGGAUUCAAACAGAUGAUUAAGGAAGGGGGCGUAGCCUCACUAUGGCGAGGGAAUGGAAUCAACGUGUUAAAGAUCGCCCCUGAGACCGCUAUCAAAUUCAUGGCCUACGAACAGGUUGGACACUGUUUUAUAUCAGAGAGAGAGAGAGAGAGCGAGAGAGGAAGAGAGAGAGAGAGAGAGAGUGCGUCUAGGUCUAUUAGCGUAUAUAGCUUAUCUGAGAGCUAUGGCGCGUCUCUCGCUGCUCUUCCUCUUCUCUCUCUCUCUCUCGCUUCUCUCUCUCUCUUUCUCUCUCUCCUCUCUCUCUUUCCUCUCUUUCUCUCUCUCUCCCUCUCCUCUCUCUCUCUCCUCUCUCUCUCUCGCUCUAUCUCUCUCUCUCGCUCUCUCUCUCUUCUCUCUCUCUCUCUUCUCUCUCUCUCUCUCUCCUCUUCGCGCUCUCUCUCUCUCCUCUCUCUCUCUUUCCUCUCUCUCUCUCUCUCUCUUCUCUCUUCUUCGCUCUCUCUCUCUCCUUUCUCUCUCUCUCUUCUCUCUCUCUCUCUCUCUCUCUCUCUCUUUUCUUCCUCUCUUCCCUUUCAUCUUUCUCUCUCGUCCCUCGCUUCACUCUCUCCUCUACUAAUAAAAAGGUAAGCACCAGUGUGUUGUCUUCAUGGCGUAUCUCUCCUAUCAGUAUAAGAAGCUGCUGACGCCAGAGGGAGGGAAGGUCCAGACCCACCAGAGGUUCAUGGCUGGCUCUCUGGCAGGAGCCACAGCACAGUCGUCCAUCUACCCCAUGGAGGUGAGGCCACCUACCAGUGUCACUUUCAGGUCUCUGGAAUUCAUUGAAUCAAGUAUUCUAUUAACAUUCCAAAGACAUUGCCGUCUUCUGUGUUCAAUUUCAUCAAGUGGCAUUCAUGAAACAUUUUAUCUUGGUGAGAGAUAUAUGUCCCUGAAAUGAUACUUCUCAGAUAUACAGUGAGCUCCAAAAGUAUAAGUAUUGGGACAGUGACACAUUUCUGGCUCUGUACUCCAGCACUUUGGAUUUGAAAUGACACAAUGACUAUGAGGUUAACGUGCAGACUGUCAACUUUAAUGUGAGGGUAUUUUCAUCCAUAUUGGGUGGACCGUUUAGAAAUUAGAGCACUUUUUAGGGGACUUAAAGUAUUGGGCCAAAUUCACUUCUAUGUGUAUUAAACUGUAGUCAGAAGUAUUUGGUCCCAUAUUCAAAGCAUGCAAUGACUACAUCAAGCUUGUGACUCUACAAAUUUGUUUUGGUUGUGUUUCAGCUUAUUUUGUGCCCAAUAGAAAUGAAUGGUAAAUAAUGUCUCCUGUCUCCUGAGUGGCGCAGUGGUCUAAGGCACUGCAUCGCAGUGCUAGCUGUGCCACUAGAGAUCCUGGUUCGAAUCCAGGCUCUGUCGCAGCCGACCGGGAGACUCAUGGGUGGCGCACAAUUGGCCUAGCGUUGUCCAGGGUAGGGGAGGGAAUGGCCGGCAGGGAUGUAGCUCAGUUGAUAGAGCAUGGUGUUUGCAACGCCAGGGUUGUGGGUUCGAUUCCCACGGGGGACCAGUAUGAAAAAAAAGUAAUAAUUAUUUAAAAAAAUAUAUGUAUUCACUAACUGUAAGUCGCUCUGGAUAAGAGCGUCUGCUAAAUGACUUAAAUGUAAUGUAUUGUGUCAUUUUGGAGUCACUUUUAUUGUAAAUAAUAAUUGUAAAUACCCCCAAGACAUGCUAAACUCUCACCAUUACAAUAACAGUUAGCAUUUUUGGGGGGGUAAGAUAUUUGUGCAUGUGUAACUUUCUCACUAUUCAUGAUUCAUUCAGAAUGAUCCGUAAUCAUGGUAGCAUCCACAUUCAUGUAGAAGUGUUUAGAAAUAUUAUAUUCUUAAAUGCAAUAAAAGUAACUCCAAAAUGACACAAUACAUUAUUUACCAUUCAUUUCUAUUGGGCACAAAAUCAUCUCAAACCCAACCAAAACAAACUGCAAAUGCAUCCAACAAGUUUGUAGAGUCACAAGCUUGAUGUAAUCAUUGCAUGCUGGGAAUAUGGGACCAAAUGCUUAACUUUUGAGUUAAGUUUACAGUUUACAGUUUAAUACACAUAGAAGUGACAUUUGGCCCAGUACUAUAAGGGCGGUGACUAUCUACAAGACGUGCUGUAAUUUCUAAACGGUUCACCCGAUAUGGAUGAAAAUACCCUCAAAUUAAAGCUGACCAUUUUUAUUUUUUUUAAUGUACAUGAUUAAGUAGCAGAUGGUUUAAUUAGUCAAAUAUUUAUUUCAGUGCUGCUGGAGAGCUUUGACAGUAAAUAGGUGAUUUUUUAAUGUCCCAUAUUUUUCGGCUUCAAUCAAUAAAGUAGUAAUAGAUGCAUUUUGAUUGUCAUUUAUAACCUCAUAGUCAUUGGAUCAUUUCAAAUCCAAAGUGCUGGAGUACAGAGCCAAUACAACAACAAAAAUGGUCACUGUCCCAAUACUUUUAGAGCUCACUGUAUCUUGAACUUAAAAGUUGAAACAAGAGUGCAACUCUUUGUGUUGUUACUAUGUAAGUACAUGACAAGUAAGCAACGUAAAAAGGCUCAAACUUCCGUCCCGCUAGAUACUAACAUUAGAUUGCACACCAUUCAUUUUGGCUUCUCGAAAAGCAGUGCAUUUACACGAUAAGACACUGUUAUGUUUUAUCAACCCCCCCCCCCUCCCUCUCUCUCUCUUGUUCCCUCUCUAUUUCUUUCUCUCUCGCUCUGUUUCCUCUUUUUAGGUCAUGAAGACCAGACUGACUCUAGGGAAAACUGGCCAGUAUAAUGGAAUGUUUGACUGUGCCAAGAAGAUUCUGAGGAAAGAGGGCAUCAAAGCCUUCUAUAAAGGCUACACUCCCAACAUGAUAGGCAUCAUUCCCUAUGCUGGGAUCGACCUAGCUGUUUACGAGGUAUGUAGACUGAGGGUUUAUAUCACUGAGUCAAUGCUAUUUCACAUUCCACAUUACAGUACCACAAUGAUUUACAGUUCACUAACAUGUAUUACUGAAAAAGAGAAAUCCAUAAUCUUGGAAGUUUUUCAGGACUCAAGAAUGCAAUCUAGUGAAUCCACUAAAUUGCAUUUAUCUAUUCUAAAUGAGGGAAGGCUAACAACAUUAAUGUGACCACUGUCUGAAUACAGAUUUCCUGUGGUGCCAGUCACAUCCAUAAAUGAUCCUUGUCGAUUACCCCACCCUGUCUUUGUGUACCCUAGAGCCUGAAGAAUGCCUGGUUGUCCAGCUAUGCCAAAGACACAGCCAACCCUGGUAUCCUGGUGCUGUUAGGCUGUGGCACCAUCUCAAGCACGUGUGGCCAGCUGGCCAGCUACCCCCUCGCCCUGCUCCGUACACGCAUGCAGGCACAAGGUAACAAAUGACAAUACAAAUGCAUCUGUUACUACUUUAUUGAUUGAAGCCGAAAAACAUGGGACAGCACUGAAAUAAAUACUUGACUAAUAAAACCAUCUGCUACUUAAUCAUGUAAUUAUUAUUAUUUUCUUCUCAGUGGUAAAAGAGAGAGAUCCUGAUAUACCCUGAUGAAGACAGCUUGUCUGUCGAAACGUUGGUUGUUAGGAUAUUAAAUUAUUGCAUCUGAGCUUCUUCUCCUUUUCUUUUUCAAGUGUUCUACUCCAUUAGCCAGCACCUCGCCUAAAUAGGUGGGCGUUUCUUUCGCUUCUAUAAAAGAGAGAGAUCACCUGAUUUCCAUGAGAGAGAAACUAAAUGCAAACCUGAGGAAGUGAGUGUGAACACACACACACUAACCUUUUAUUUUACUCCUGCAUCCUUUCUUUCAUUAUCUGUUUCACAGCAACUCUGGAUGCGUCAGACAAGUCCACCAUGAGUGGCCUAGUGAAGGGGAUACUGGCUAACGAGGGGUUCUUUGGACUCUACCGGGGUAUCCUGCCCAACUUCAUGAAAGUAAUUCCUGCUGUGAGCAUCAGCUAUGUGGUCUACGAAUACAUGAAGACCGGCCUGGGGAUCUCCAAAUGA